ACUUAAUAUCUUUUCUGUGGGAGCCGGCAACGGGCGGUGACGUCACAAACGAGAGCGGAGAUGCUGCCAGAGAGAGAGUGAAGGGAUCGACGGACAAGAGCGACUUGGCAGUCGAGGAAUAGAAAGCACACAGAGCGGCUGUAUUACAAGACCAAUAAAUAGUGUUAAACUUAAUUACCAAGAGUUCAUCAUUCUUGGGGGAACUUGCGGGUUAAUACAUUGGCGACGAGGAUGGCUGAAAAUUGUUUGAAACCGUUCCUAUGCGACUCUAUUGAGGAGUCGGUGCUUCGAAAUGAAUGGGAGAGGUGGUUUAGAGCAUUCACCAUAUCAUUGGAGGCCGAACAGAUCGAGGCACCCAAGAUGAAGAGAACUAAACUCCUUCACAUGGGGGGCGUGCAACUGCAGACUGUCGCGUUCUCGAUACCAGGUGCACUGGUGGAUUAUGAUGAAGCCCAGGGGAAUGAUGUCUUCGAGAUUUUGGUGGAGAAGCUAAAUGCUUACUUUUCGCCUAAACAAAAAUCCACUUUUGAAAGGCAUUUGUUUCGAAAGUUAGCACCGCUUGAGAAUGAGAAUUUUGCGAAGUUUAUUUUACGGUUGCGGCAGCAAAUCUGCAAAUGUUCGUUUGGCCAAUCUAAGGUGGAAACCGAGGAGAUUUGUCUAAAAGACAAGAUAAUAGAUUCGUGGGCGCCGGUAGAUUUGAAGAAGAAACUAUUAGAGAGGGAGUAUUCCUUGGACGAGGUCAUAGAAGCUUGCCAGGUUGAGGAACAAAUAAAUAAACAAUCCGAAGCCAUGCUGAUAAAACCUAAUAACACCAGCAUUGACUCCAUCAACAAAGUUACGGCUGGGAAAGCAAAGGCGGAUGUUGAGUGUUCCAGAUGUGGUCGAAUGGGUCACGCGAGUAACGAUUUCUCCUGCCCGGCGCGAGUUGCAAAAUGUAACAAAUGCUCCAAAAUCGGUCAUUUUGCACGGAAAUGCAGAACGAAACUGUAUUCUCAAUCAAGAAACGGGAAUCUUAAAAGGCGGCAGAAUAAUGUUCGAUGCGUGGAAGAUGAGCACGCUGGGUGCAAACGGAAGAAAACAUGUGAGAAUUGUUUUAAGAUAUGCAGCGACGGGGGCCUCAUAGCCUAGUGGUUAGUGUACUAGCUCGCUAAGCGUGAGGUCGUGGGUUCGAGCCCCACUCGUGUCAAGUGCAUGGCCCUGCAAGUUUUUCGGCGCUCGCGCAUAUGAUGUAAGUAGCGAAAAGCUCUCGUUGGAUUCUCGCUAUUUAUAAUUAUGUGCAUGAGACCCGAAAAACCGGCAUUCCCAGAUGUCGUUAGGUGGCAAGCCCACUUCUGAGAUAGGUUGCACUCGGCUAAUCACCGGAUCGACUGAACAAUAACGAUUACAGAAACAAACACAUGAUUGGAAAAAAACACCCACACCCCCAGCCCGAUGACGACCCGCCGCUAUUCGCAACGGACACGAAUUGGACAAUGGAAUGUGGGGACCCUAAUGGAGCCAUCCAGAAUUGCGCAGUUUGAAUAAGGAGAUGGGCAUAGUUAGGAUUGAAACCCUGGAGUGGAACCCGCAAGGAAGAAGAAGAGUGGGACGCCCGAAAAGCUAACCUGGCGCCGAUCUACAAUACGCGAACUCACAGACAAUAAUACGUCACCUGGGGACUUGGCAAAGAGAACAGCGGGUCCGGUGGAAUACACAUGUGGAUGCCCUAAGCUCCCAAGCGGAGUAAUAGGAAUAAAAAAAAAAAAAAAAAAAAAAA